UCGCGUCAUUUUCCAACACUUAGUCUGGAAAAAUGUCACGUCGAAACGUCGAAAGCAACGACAAAAGACACAAAUAAUAAAGAAAAGCUUAUUUUGCGCAGGCAUUCGUACAUUUCCAGUUACCGCAAGGCCAUGCAAUCGCAUUCUUAGUUCGUGCAACCAAAUUGUGAGAUAAAUUGUCGAGUUUCCAAACGCAAAUACCCCAAGUAACAACAACGAAACGCAGUUUAUAGGGCUACUGCAUUUUUGCAAGCGUGUAAAAAGUGCGAGUGUGCAAGAAAAGAAUACAAAAUAAAGAGGGGCGCAAAAAAGCAGCGAAAACAACAACACACAAUAACACAAAACACAAAAGUGAACACCCGCACACUCACACACACCCAUACAACUCCAACGUCGAGUCAGCAAAUUGUGCCACACAUACAAAACGAAGAAAGAGGAAGAAGAGUAGCAAAAAAGAGGUGCCUUUACAUCUCCAAAAACACCAUCAACGAAAUCUCUCCGAAUUUCCAAAACUACGGAAUGAAUCGCUCUGACGGUUUGGUAAGGCGCUCGGUGAAACCCCGGGAAAAUGGAGGCGCGGAGGGUGGGCUCAAUGCGAAUACGCCGGACGACAAUCAGGAUGCGAUGGAUGGCCUCAAGGACCAGGAGGACAAUAUCGACGACGGCGAUUCGAAGGAAACACGACUUACGCUCAUGGAGGAAGUCCUGCUGCUGGGCCUAAAGGACAAGGAGGGCUACACAUCGUUCUGGAACGACUGCAUAUCAAGCGGUUUGCGCGGAUGCAUUCUCAUAGAACUUGGACUACGAGGUCGCGUGAUGAUCGAGAAGUCUGGAAUGCGGCGACGUGGCCUAUGUACAAGAAAAUUGAUACUGAAAUCGGACCAGCAGACCGGCGAUGUUCUACUCGACGAGGCCCUUAAACACAUUAAGGAAACAGAUCCCCCAGAGACGGUGCAGAGCUGGAUUGAAUAUCUCAGUGGUGAAACUUGGAAUCCGUUGAAAUUGCGCUAUCAGCUGAAAAAUGUACGAGAACGUCUGGCCAAGAAUCUGGUGGAGAAGGGUGUGCUCACAACGGAAAAGCAAAAUUUUCUACUCUUCGAUAUGACGACACAUCCGCUGAGCGAUAAUGUUGUCAAAUGCCGUCUGGUUAAGAAGAUUCAAGACUCUGUGCUCUCGAAGUGGGUGAACGAUCCCCAGCGCAUGGACAAGCGGAUGUUGGCGCUCAUCUUUCUGGCGCACGCCAGCGAUGUGAUCGAGAACGCCUUUGCGCCUUUGAACGAUGACGACUACGAGGUGGCCAUGAAGCGGGUGCGAGAGCUGCUGGAUCUCGACUUCGAAACGGAGGCAGCCAAGCCGAAUGCGAAUGAGAUCCUGUGGGCUGUGUUCAUGGCGUUUACGAAAUAGACGAUCCUCUGAACCUCUACGCUCCUCUCAAUAGCACACACACACCCCCCAAACAAAAAUACACACCUACAUCUGGAUUACAUUUUGCUGCUUUUGUUUUAAAAACUUUGCUGUGAGUGGAACCGAAUCGGGCGAUAGGAUUUUCUUAAAUGGCAACCACCCCAAAUAUCAGUUUCAAUAAUAUAUUUUUUAAGCGAGACGAUUAAGCAGCCAUAAAGCCUAUAUAAAUAUAUAUGUUUAAAGAAACUGCAAUAGUAUCAAUCAA